GUCGCGCAAUGGAAUUACCUAUUGUAUGCAAACAACCCAAUUUCAUUUUCUUCCAUUCAAGCUGUGAUCUGCUGAUCAAUAUUUAUGAUGUAGCGGCUUGAUGUGUAAGUGAGACUACGCAUUGGUAAAUAGAAGAUUAAUUUACAGACAAAGCUGACGUUUCCUACCUUCCUGUUAAUGGCGACUGCAACGCGUGUCGAAGAACUUGCCGUCCUGUUUUCUGAUCUCCGCGAAAAAUCAUUGAAAAGCGGGGAAAAUGUGGAUAACAUUCGAACAGAAUUUCUACGGCAGGUCGGAACUGGUCGUGCACAAUCGAGUUGUUUUAACAAGAAAAGCUUGAAAUGGUUCGUGAUUGUUGUUCUACCUGUUGUUUUGGCUUUUGCUGGUUACUACUUCGACGUGAUCGAGCUGCUGCAUGUUAGAGAAGAACCGUGUCUUUUGAACGUCAAUGAAAUUUUCAUCGAGGUCACAAGAAAACGAACAAACUGCUCUCUGUUGUGCGAAGGUUUGACCGAAAUUCCUCGGGUUUCUGGCUUAUCGAAGCAGGAUUUCGCUUCAAACUAUGCCUACACCGGAAGACCCGUCGUAGUCGUCGACGGUGCGAAAAAUUGGUCAGCCAUUGAUCGCUUCAACUUUACGUUCUUCAAAGAACUCUUCGACAAGAACAAAGACGCGUAUCGAGUGAACGAGGAGGAGUGUCAGUUCUUUCCCUACAGAACAGAUUUUUUUUCUCUUGAACAGGCCAUGAAUAUGUCGAAAGAAAGAUCAGAGUGGAAAGCAGAACCAUGGUAUUUCGGAUGGAGCAACUGUGAUCCUGUAAUCAGACAAGAAUUGCGCACUCAUUAUCAAUUACCAUAUUUCUUGCCAAAACAAUCAGAAACCAGUGAACAGGACUGGAUUUUCAUGGGAGGGCCAGGACCUGGGGCUCAGAUACAUAUUGAUAGCGUGGAUCGUCCAUCAUGGCAAGCUCAGCUGUCAGGACAAAAGAUAUGGACUCUCAUCCCUCCACCAGAGUGUGAACAUGUCUGUACUCCCAAAUUAGCCACCACAAUGAAUAAAGGAGAAGUCAUCAUUGUGGACACAAACCAGUGGUAUCAUUCAACAAAGGUUUUGCCUGGAGAGCUCAGCAUUACUAUUGGUGCAGAAUAUGAUUAAAAGGAUUUCCCAUACCAAUGUGGAUAUUUUUUUCUGAAAACUGUGACUUUUUUUUUAACAAAACUGUAUUUUUCAGUAAAGUUUUUUUUAGUUACUUGUAAGAUCCAAUUGUUUACAUUGUAAAAUGGAUUGACUAAUAUUAAUGCAUCAUAGUGUAUUGCAAAGGAGAUAAGUAGUUAAUUAUAUAUUAUACAAAAUAAACAAAUAUGAGAAAGAUAUAAUAAAAUGAUUAAAUUGAUAUUAGAGUAAAUAUGUUUAAAAAAUAAUGCAUGUUAAAUUGACAUUAAUUAUUAGAAAAGUUGCUCAGAACUUGUGUAAAGAAUACACAAGAUUUAGCUUAAAUGUAGUUGGCUUUUACUCAUGUACUUAACUUUAGAUGCUAUUUAACAAGGUUUUAUUUAAUUGCUUUGCAUCCAGUUUGACAUCCAACUGCCAGCAGCUGCAAUGAUAUGUGUAUCAGUUAUCAGCUUGGAGACCCAGAUAUUGUAAGUUCCAGUUUCAGAAGGGUUUCACUUUAACCAUUACUAUACUGAAGUCUUCCAGUGCUAGUAGUUUGUUCCUGAAACAACAAGUAUAAUCCUAGGUUAUGACUGCUACUACUGACAAAAGAAAAAGUUUCUAGCCUAAAAACAAAAUGUAAUGGAGAUGAUAAGGGCUUGGACCCAAAUCUUACACUUCAUAAUAACCACUUUGCCACAUGCCUCUCUCACAACCAUAAAUAGAGCAGCCAUGACACUUGUUUUGUUGUGACAUUAAAAGAGUUUUGUAGUCAUUAAAAAAUGACUGACAAAAAAUUUUAUGAUGUAGAAUAGCAAGGUAUAGGCUAUCUAACUAGGGACUAUGUAGGAGAUGAACCCAGCCUCCUUCAGCGAGGUCUCUUGAAAGUAGAGCAGUCCAACCCAACUGAGUUGGAGAGAAAUAUUUUUUUGAAGUUAAAAUAAUAAAAAGUUGGUAGGAGUAUUUAAUAUACCAUUAGGGCUUCAGUUGAUUAAAGGAGAAAAUAAAAAGAGGAAGUAAUUUGAAAUUAAUCAUAUGAUAGCUAUUUAUGAUAAUUGUGUUACCUUUACAAGAUCUAAAAAAUAAAAUGUGGGUCCUUUGA